AGCUUGUUUUAACGUGUUUGUUUAAGCCAGGAGUUCAUCGAACGGUAACACACGUCGUCCCGCUGCUACACGUCAGCGAGGACCUUCUGUCAGGCGUCAAAAUGAUUAAUUCACCACGCCACAAUUUGUCUGCUAACGAAACUCUGGGCCACAGUAGCCGUUAGCCGCUGUGCUAACUCACUGACGUUCAGGCAGAAGUGGUGACGGCCGCAGCGAGUUCAGGCCUCACAUGUUCAACCGGUGCAAGUUACACUAAACUACAGCAGCUGGCUUUUAAAGACGCUCAAAAAACUGGGGGAGCUUCCAAUGACUGUGGAUCUACUGGUGGAAACUGGAGUUGGGAAGACUGUAAACUCUUUUAGGAAACAUGAAAUAGUUGGAGAAAUUGCAAAGAGCCUGGUCGCCAAAUGGAAGAAACUGGUCCCUCAGUCUGCAGACAGACCCAACAGCUACGCCUCGCAGGCCUCCCAGUCAAACACACAGUCGCGAGGUCUAGAGGCCGGUGGUGGAGGAGGCCACAGACGCACCCGGGAGCCGUCCCCUGAAGAGGAGCCUUCAUACAUGGAAGAGGAGGAGGAGGAGGAGGAGGAGCAACAGGAGAGAAGCUACCACACCAAUUACUCACCCUCGCCCCCUCCACCUGAGCAGUACAGCCCCCCUCAGCGAGGACGCUACCAGUCAGAUGAGUACAACAGCCCUGAGCCCGAACCCAGUCCUCCACCGCCGCCUCCUCGCAAAGAAGUCCGACCUGCCAAAGCAAACAAAGAGCCCAAGAACCACCAUCACCACACAGACCGAAACAGGGACAGGGGCGAGGAGCGACGGAAGCGCCACGCGCAGACAAGCAGUGACCGAGGGGGAGGAGGGGGAGGAGGAGGAGGAAGCAGCAGCGAGGGAAAGAAACACAGUGCAGACAGAGAGCGACAACAGAGUCCAGUACAGAAGCCGCCCAAACACAACAAGCGGGACGACAGGAAGAAAGGAGGAGAGGAUGGACGACCACGAGCACAGAGGGACUCUCCAUUCGAGGAUGAGGACUUUGAGGCGCCAACCAUGUCCUUCGAGUCCUUCCUCACAUACGACGCUCCAACUCCAGCCAAAAAGAAGAAGAAGCCAGCAUCAGCAGCAUCAGCAUCAGCACCGUCAUCCUCACACAGUCGCCCAUCUUCGUCUACUCGUCGCGCACGCACUCCUCCGCCGCCUACAGCCCCCUCAUCCUCGUCUUCCUCCAAGGCGAGCAAGACGAAUGGGACUCAAGGUACCAAGAGGUCACACUCGAGUUCCAGCUCCUCAGCAGCAGCAACGUCAGAGAAACGCAAGAGGAUAGUUGAGGCCGUUCCAACUCUUCCUGAAAUCCCUCUUCCAGCGAUUCAGCCAAAUUACAGACCUCUGCCCUCGAUCGAUGUCACACCUCUGUCCCCUCAGAGGAGAAAAGUUCCCGUCUGCAACGAUGAAGAGGACGAGGGGUUCACCGGGAGGCGGUUAAACUCUAAGAUGGUGGUCUACUCGGGGUCAAAGACCUCCUACCUGCCCAAGAUGAUGACUCUGUACGACCAGUGCAUCCGUGUGCUGCAGAACAACAUCGACUCCAUUGCUGAGGUGGGAGGUGUGCCAUAUGAGAUCCUGGAACCGGUUCUGAAACGGUGCACGCCAGAGCAGCUGUACCGCAUCGAGCAGAGCAACCAGUGUUUUACUGAGGACUCUGAUGAGCUGUGGAUGCAUCACUGCCAGCGGGACUUCAAGCGAGAGUCUCCCCAGGAGUACGAGUCGUGGAGGGAACUGUACCUGCGGCUGCACGACGAGCGCGAGGAGCGGCUGAGGAUGCUGACACAAAACAUCACCUCUGCACACGCCAACAAACCCAAGGGGCGGCAGGUUAAGAUGGCGUAUGUGAACUCGGCGGCCAAGCCGCCGCGUGACGUUCGCCGCCGACAGGAGAAGUUUGGCACCACCAGUGGUUUGUCCACAGCCGCUUCCACCUCGGCUGCUACUCCCAUCAAAAUAAGACCGGUUACCACAGACGACCAAGGUGAAUCCAGUCGCUCCUUUUCUCAGAACAACCCUUCUUCCAGCUCCAUCCGCUCCUCGGCACCAGGUGGAGCACCGGCAGCGGGGCCAGGAGGUCACGGUGCCCGAGACAAGCCGCAGGUUAAAAAAAUCGCCCCCAUGAUGGCCAAAACGAUUAAAGCGUUCAGAAACCGAUUCUCCCGCCGAUAGUGUGAAACAGACUGAAUGUAUUUAAUGACUUCCAGCUGUUGUGUUUUUAACUUAAAUUUAGAUCAGUUUUAUUAGAGACCCCUUCAUGUCUGCACCCACACACAUGGAUGUCAUCAUUACCCACCCAACAUAUCAUGAACUUUACAGUAUUGGUGGAAAAAUGGGGGAUUUCUUUAAUUUUUUAAUGGUCACGUGUUUUGAGAGUCUUUAAGUAUUUAAAUGGUCGGCGAGCAGGUGUGACGUCUGUGGAACCUCAGUCCACCAACUUUAUCAGGAUGCAAACGGAGAAAAACAAAGGACCUUUUCUUUCUAGCUGAGAUCUGUAAAGGAGCAGUUUGACAUUUAGAGAGGACAUGCGUUGAUUUUCCUGCCCAGAGUUAAAGGACACUGGUCUCGUGUCUCUGUGAUAAAUAUGAUGCCACAGCAUCAAGACUGGAAUAAGGAAAAAAACGCUUGCAAAUCUCUUUCCAAAAACAAGAAUUUCAGCACAAAACACUGCUUCAGGAUGUGUCAUGUACAGGGUCACCGCAUUCUGGUUUUAAAUCAUGAUAGAAGUUCACAACGUUGAAUUAUGUCAGACAUUGUGCUUUUUAAUUUAAACAUCCCUCUACUUGAGAUGCUUCCCAGAUUCCGGAUUUUGUGCAAAGUGAAAUUAACCAGCUUCAUAGUUAUCGUCCACCCGAGUGAUGUUUGUUUUCUCAUCAAACAAAUCGGAGUAUGUCAGACCUUUCUUACACAGGACAGUAAAGUAUUUGUGCUUUUACUCGUUCUUGUCUUAUAAGGCGUAUGUAUUACUCUCUUUGCGGCCAAAUGGUACACUACAAUAGGAAAACCUUUGCACACUGAGUUUAAUCUUUUGCUUGCAUGCCUGUGCACGUCGGCUGCAGCGUUUAGACUCAACCUGGGACAUGAACUGGCUGAGGAAAGACUGGUUUUUAAAAAAGGAAAAAUGUAUAAACAUUUGCCUGGAGCAUUUUUAAAAUGUAGGGAUACGAAUGAUAACUUUGAACUAAACACACACAAACACACACUGUAGAUUCAUUUGAACCCUUCUGUGGCAUUCAGAACAUGUUUUCCCGCAGCUGAAUAUGUGUGUCCCUGUUUUUAUCUGCUUCACUGUGACAACUUGAGUCCUGGGACAAGGAGGAGGAAAAAUGCCUGCAUGGAAGGAUGUUGACAGGGAGUCUGCAGAGAUGAUGAUGAUGAUUAAAUGUAUUUAUUUUCAACCUGGGACCUGGCUCCCCACAAAAUGGGCCCAAAAACAAGUAGGAUAAAAAAUGUAAUUUUAUUAGAUUUUAAUAAAUGUUAUAUGGUCGUUUUUAUUAAAUUGACUUUUGCCCUGAAAAUAA